GUUGAGCUGAACCAUCAGUUGGUCAGCUUCUAUCAGAUGCUCUCAGUUGCUUUGCCGCAUCUAUCUCGCCGUCAUCUGCCCGCCUUCGCCUCUGCUGUUGCCGUCCUGGAGACCGGACUUCCUGUGCUGCCAUCUCCCUCCAGACGGAUCCGUCCUACCGUCUUUAAGAGUUCCGCCACGUCUGGCGAUGUAACGAGAAACAGCUCGGGCUCAGCGAGAUCCUAUCGGCCCCCCACUCCCGAGAGCGGCUUGGUGCUCGAGAGCACUUCUGAUGAGGCACUCUGGCCAACACUCUUGAAGAUUCGUGUAACUACGGGGUGA